AAACUAUGAGGAACAAAAAGUAUUUCACGUCACGAAACCUCUGUACAGCCCAACCCUUUGCAGCAGCUGCUGGUUUGCAAUGCUCGAGCAGUGGAAUUCCGCGGCGAGCAACUAUAACUCUGCAGUCGGGGUGCGUUGGGGGAUGCGUCAUUAUGAUGGAGCACCAGUCGACAGUGUUCAACUUGGGUAGUUUGAUGGACUCCAUAGUGGCAGGAUUGAACAAACUCAAGCAUGUUGAGUUAUCGGGAGGCCCAACUUGGAAGCCAGAGAUUAACCACCCGAAAGGGGAGUGGCCAAGGACCGAGGAGUAUUUAGGAAGCACAGCUGCAGGGAGGCGAUGCUGUGGGAAUUGCGUCGCCGUUGAAAACAAAGUCAGGUUCUUGUUGUGCACACUGACCACCCAUGGAACAUCUCUUGCAGACACUGGAAAUUUCCCUGAUAAUGACGACGACGAAUUCGGCUUCUUCGAUGGCAUGGUUGAUCGAUCGAGAUGAAGCUAGCAAGCGAGGAACGAAGGAACCGAUAAUAAUUUCUGCGGAGAAGGCAAGGUUUAUAUAGGAGCUUAGCUUCCCGUUUCCCACUCUGAUAGGGAAAUAAAAGGCCUCUCUGAUUCCGGAAGGAUAGCCGUCAAAGUUUUUUUUUCUUUCUUUUUCCGGGUGUUCUUUCCGCGGUUGGGUCGAAGAAGAAGUUGAGGCUUCUCUUCUUUCUCUCGGAUCUGGAUUCGUCGAUUGACCGGAACAUGGGCCACGCAAUCCAGGGACGCCGCUGCUGCAACUUCACUUGCGGUGGCGCGUGUUCCGCGGCCGUGAGCACCCGGCGCAGUGGCACGAGAGGAUUGGCCGGCCUUCUCUCCCCCGGCCGCCUGGUCCUCUCGUCUGGUUUCACGCUGUCUCCCUAGGCGAAGGAAUGGCUGCGAUUCCGGUCUUCAGGCAGUGCGCUCGUCGGCGGCCUGGGUUAACCAUUCUGAUGAUAACGACGACGAUGUCCGCUUUCUGUGAAAUUGGUAGUAAUUGUAGCCUUUUCCGAUUGAACCAGUUUUGUCCUGUGGAUACCCCGGCCGCCAUUGAUGCUUUCCUUUGCUACUGGAAGCCAAGUGCAGUUAUCUUAUUGGAGAGUGAGCUUUGGCCGAAUCUGAUCAUGGUAUCUUCAACUAAGGGUAUUCCUCUUACAUUAUUGAAUGCUCGGAUGUCUGUGAAGUCCUUCAAAUUUUGGUCAGCAUGGGCGCUUCCAUUGAUAUCAUUAAUGCUAUCCAAGUUUGCUUUGAUUAUCCCAUUGAGUACCACUCAGGCAAUACGCUUCCAGCUUCUGCAAGCUCCACCUUCAAUCAUAAAUUUCGCUGGUGAUUUGAAAUACGUGGUGGAACAUGACAUGUCCAAGAGGAAUAUAGCAAGCACUGAAGAUUUGAAGGAGCAGCCCUCUGAUAGGCAUGUAUGGAUGGCUGCAUCAGUUCAUAGAGGUGAAGAACAAGUAAUCUUAGCAGUUCACAGAUUGUUAGUGCGAAGGUAUCCCGACUUGGUGACUAUUAUUGUCCCUCGCCACCUGCAGCUUGCCCACCAUAUUGUUGAAGAAUUGCAGAAAGAAGGACUUCAUGUAGCCUUGAGGUCUCGAAAGCAAAAGAUCACGGCUAGAGGACUCGUGUACAUGGUCGACACUUUAGGUGAAUUGAGGCAUCUAUAUAGCCUAACUCCAAUAGCUUUAGUUGGAGGUUCCUUCUGUCCUGGUUUCGCUGGCCACAACAUAUCCGAAGCUGCCGCAGCUGGCUGUGCUGUUUUAACUGGUUUUCAUGUCGGACACUUCUCACACAUGAUAAAUGAAAUGCAACGACUGGAUCCUCUUUAAGUUGUGCAGGUGUCUGGAAAGGAAGAACUUCAAGAAGCGCUCUUCCAGCUCUUCAAUGACAGAAAGAUGCUCAAAGCACGACGCAUGGCUUCAAAACAAACGUUUCGUACCCUUUCGAGUGGAAUUCUUGCCAAAGUUUGGAACCUCUUGGAUACCCAUGUCCUUGACAGGAUCUCCAUUAUUGAAAAAAAAAAUUUUGAAAAGCGGCAUUCAUCAUAAUUGCAAGCCGCAAUAGCUGCUUGUCCGCCUCCGUACGGGGAAACGGUCUUCAUCAAGUAGAGCGAACGAACUUGAAGGAUAAUUCAUAUUGGGCGAUUGGUGGUGUAGGGUUCAGAAGUUUGGAGAGGAGGAUUAUGGGAGCAGCUGGAAGGUUAAAGAGGAAUGUUGUUGUUGUUGAAGGAUUCGAUAGACUGAGGCAUGUUCUGGGACCAGUCUGCAUCACAUUAUCUCCUUCCUCGACCCUGUACCCAUCGCUGAAACCAGUAUCCUCUUCAGGAGGUGGACAUGCUUGUGGGAAGAUCGAUGUACCAGUCCUUCGUUUAAAGAGGCAUCGCUCCAAAUUGGGUUUCAAAUUAGGAACAUUCCCUCAGCCCAGUGGAGCUAGAGUCUGACGAGUUUACUAACAUAGAGGCGGCUUCGGUUUGACAACGCUGAUAUUUCACAGAGGAGAGGCUAAUCGUACAUGCUUAAACUUGUCGAGUGGUUUGCAACAGUUGAAUUUCUCACCCUUCCCUUUGAAAACUCGCUCCAGGAAAAUUGGCACCUUUUUUUACUGGAAUCAUGAAGGAGAGGCCUCCAAUCCGUCUGAAAUCUGGACCCCUGGAUUUCUCUGGUGUCUGGUGCGAGAACUGGAUAUCUCGUCCCCAACCGUAAGCGAGUGGAUUAUAUCUCGAAAAGAAGGCUCAUCGCAAGCUUUCCCUACCAUCACUGGCAAAUGACCAGGAGGCACAUCCCGUGGAAGCUUAUGCUUCUGGCACACGUCGGUUUGGUGGGCUACGGGACCUUCCCUACUAGCUAUAGGUGCGGCUAGCUAGCGUGAAAUAGAAACUGUUCCAAUCGCCAUUAAGACAGAAGAGAGCGGUUGUAACCAGCCCAACCUAGGUUGGCCAAUGGCCAGGCCGAUUCCACUUACAUUAUUGAAUGCUCGGAUGUCUGUGAAGUCCUUCAAAUUUUGGUCAGGAUUGGCGCUUCCAUCGAUAUCGUUAAUGCUGUCCAAGUUUGUUUUGAUUGUCCCCCUGAGUACCACUCAGGCAAUACGCUUCCAGCUUCUGCAAGCUCCACCUUCAAUCAUAAAUUUUGCUGGUGAUUUGAAAUACGUGGUAGAACAUGACAUGACCAAGAGGAAUAUAGCAAGCACUGAAGAUUUGAAGGACGAGCUCUCUGAUAGGAAUGUAUGGAUUGCUGCAUCAGUUCAUAGAGGUGAAGAACAAGUAAUGUUAUCAGUUCGCAGAUCGUUGGCCCGAAGGUACCCUGACUUGGUGACUAUUAUUGUCCCUCGCCACCUGCAGCUUGCGCACCAUAUUGUUGAAGAAUUGCAGUAAGAUGGACUUCAUGUAGCCUUGAGGUCUCGAAAGGAAAAGAUCACGGCCGUAGGACAAGUGUACGUGGUCGACACUUUAGGUGAAUUAAGGCGUCUAUAUAGCCUAACUCCAAUAGCUGUAGUUGGCGGUUCCUUCUGUCCUGGUUUCGCUGGCCAUAACAUAUCUGAAGCUGCCGCAGCUGGCUGUGCUGUUUUAACUGGUUUUCAUGUCGGACAUUUCUUACACAUGAUAAAUGAAAUGCAAAGACUGGAUUCUCUUUCAGUUAUGCAGGUGUCUGGAAAGGAAGAACUUAAAGAAGCGCUCUUUCAUAUCUUCAAUGACACAAACUUACUCAAAGCACGACGCAUGGCUUCGAAACAAACGUUUCAUACCCUUUCCUCAUCCUUCUCUCUUCUACAAACUGCUGUUGAUCUAGUCCAAGUUAGAUAAAGAGAUCUAGUCAUGGCCCGCAUUUGCAGCCCAAAAAGUACUUGAAGUAAAUGCCUUGGCCAAGGAACUUAGUGGUCACAAGGAUCAGCCAUUCUUCUCAGCUAAUGCUACUGCUCUUACUUGGAGAAAAUCCUCUCCAAGGGUCACAAAUCAGUCUGUUCAGAUUGCUGUGAGUGAACUGGUCUUUUGUUAGAAAUGAGCAGCCCAGGCAUGAGACGUUCUUCCAAAUCAAACUUGCCAUCAAGGAUGAGGUUGAGUAUCUUGACAAGGCUGGAAUAAACGUCAUCCAGAUUGACGAGGCUGCUUUGGGGGAGGGGUUGCCUCUAAGGAAGUUGGAGCAUGCUUUCUAUAUGGAUUGGGUUGUCCACUCCUUCAGGAUUACCAACUGUGGUGUCCAAGAUACUACCCAGAUCCAUACCCACAUGCGCUAAUCAAAUUGCAAUGAUGUCAUUCACUCAAUCGUCAGCAUGGAUGCUGAUCCCCAGAGUUUCUAGAUUGUACAUGGGUUCUCUUAACUUGGGGGUCUUGGUGGAGUUGUCAAAAUAGAACGGGUCGAUAUAGUAGGUGGCCUGGGCAACGCUGCAAGGUUUAUCUCUGGUGGAGACUUCUUGAUUCUUGUAUUGGCGAGGAAAUUGGAAAACGACUGAAGUCCAAUAUUUGUUUGAUUCGCUAUACACAAAAGCUCAAUCUCUGACUUCGAACUCCACUCCCCUCUCCUAAUUUUGCAAUUCGGCCCGUCAUUCGCUUUCCUUUCCAUUUGG